AUUUAAGUAGUUGAUUCUUAGAAGCUUCAAUCUAUGGCUUCUUGGGUUCUUUUACCCGUAGCUCCAGUAACCGGUAGCUGUAUAAUGGCUCCUGUGAGAACUCUGAGGUCGUCCUCCGUCUGCGUUCGGUCUUCUUUGGACACUAAUGUUUCUGACAUGAGUGUAAAUGCUCCAAAAGGGUUGUUUCCACCUGAACCUGAACACUACCGAGGUCCCAAGCUCAAAGUGGCUAUAAUUGGAGCUGGGCUUGCAGGCAUGUCAACAGCAUUUGAGCUUUUGGAUCAAGGCCACGAGGUGGGCGCAGACGAAAAUCUACUUGUCAAGGAUCAUACUCAUACUUUUGUAAACAAAGGGGGUAACAUUGGUGAAUUUGAUUUUCAGUUCCCAAUUGGAGCACCAAUACAUGGGAUUCUUGCAUUUUUGUCUACAAAUCAGAUUAAGACUUAUGAUAAAGCAAGAAAUGCAGUGGCUCUUGCAUUAGGUCCAGUUGUGAAGGCUCUGGUUGAUUCAGAUGGAGCAUUGAGGGAUGUACGGAAUUUGGAUAGUGAAAUUGAAGCAAGCUUUGGGAUUACUAAUCUUCUUUAUACUCCUGAUGCAGAUUUCUCUUGCUUUGCCGGCCUAGCACUUACUUCUCCGGAAGAUUACUACAUUGAGGGACAAGGUUCACUCCUCCAAUACAUUUUGACACCAGGUGAUCCUUACAUACCUUUACCAAACGAAGAAGUUAUAGCAAGAGUGACGAAACAGGUUUUGGCUUUAUUCCCAUCAUCCCAAGGUUUAGAAGUCACUUGGUCAUCUGUUGCCAAAAUUUGGCAAUCUCUCUAUCGGGAGGCACCUGGAAAAGAUCCGUUUAGACCUGAUCGGAAGAGACCCGUAAAAAAUUUCUUCCUUGCCGGAUCGUACACAAAACAAACAGCAUGGAAUGAUGAUCUUCCAACGUUCAUAUUUUUCGUGGUUGCCAUAUCGUACGAAGAAACGCCAAAAGAAGCAGAAUUAUCUUGAUCUUCUUCGACACUGUAAUACCUAAUUAAGAUUUUUUUUUUUUUGCAACAUCAUGCUAUCCAUUGUGCUUGCUCUUGUCUUAUAGAAGUGAAUUUAUACGGUUGCGUUGUGUGGACAAUGCUGGCUCUUCUGACGGCAUGGUGCCUCUGUAGCAGCAGCUACUGUAUACUUAGCUAGCAAGGGUAAUGCGCAAAUUGGUUUGCAAUCUGCCAACAAUUCAACUCCUGCGAGCUCAUCUCUGACUCUUUAAUUUGAUCUUUUAUAGGAGUUGUUUUUAUACUCCUAAUCUUGCUCUCA